AUGGUAGUUAGCGUUUACAGAAGCCCAUUAUCCUCGGCCAACGAGGAUGAGGCGCUGCUACUCACGCUACGUACGGCAGCUCGCCGCAAUGUGAAACUUCUGAUCCUCGGGGAUUUCAGCACCCCAGAGAUCAACUGGGGUGAAGAAAGUGUCCCAUCGGGUUCCUUUGACCAUGCGUUACUGAACCUGUUGCACGAUGAAGCCCUCGUGCAACACGUAAGAGAGGACACGCGAUGGCGAGAUGGCAGCAGGCCCACCAGGUUGGACCUGGUAAUAACGAAGGGGGCGAACGAUAUAGAAAGUAUUCAGGUAAUUGCCCCACUGGGUAAAAGUGACCAUGCCCUACUUCAUCUUACCUUGCCCAUCCGAGGGUCAACCGCCCCCGACAAGAGAAGGCGAAAUUAUGGGGGAAUGAACAUGGCGCAGCUCUUACUAGAUGCAAAUACCAUGUCAUGGGAGUUGGACCCCAGUGAGUCAUUAGACAAUAGUUGGAAUCCAGUUUAG